AGGUGCUUGUUAAAGACGCUACCACCUUGAUCAUGGAAUUCAAACGGGAACAACGCAUGAACCCAAUGGCCAUGCAGCAACAGCAACAACCAGCCAGUUUGGGGCCGGCUAGUGUAAAAUAUUUAGAAGAACUCAAAACCGAAGUGACGCAACUCGACACUGGUGCAUUAUCACAUUCAGCAAGACUCAUAAACGAUGAGAUCAAACGUGUUGAACAAGGAAAUGCCAAGAAACAGGUCCCAACUGUGGAAGCACAUCAUUCAAGACCUCAAGGCGUGGCAUUAAAAGUGAAGAUUCCUGUCAAAGAUUUCCCCAAGUUCAACUUUGUGGGGAAGCUUCUUGGACCCAAAGGAAUGUCACUGAAGCGAUUACAGGAGGAGACUGGCACCAAGAUGUCAAUUUUGGGGAAGGGCUCCAUGAGGGACAAAAACAAGGAAGAAGAAAUGAAGAAGGAAGGUGGAAAGUACGCACAUUUGAACGAAGAUCUUCAUCUUCUCAUAGAAGUGUACAGUGAAGCAUCUGACUGUUAUGCCAGACUAUCGCAUGCAGUGUCGGAGGUGCAGAAAUUCUUGACACCAGAUUACAAUGAUGAAAUCUCGCAGCAGCAGAUGGAGGAGAUGAUGUUCCUGAACGGCGAGAAGCCGACCCCAGGAGGUGUUGGUGGCGGUCGUGGAAGGGGGCGUGGAGGCCCCCGAGGGGCAGGACGUGGCGGUAUCCUUGGUGGAGGACCCACUGGAGGAGGAGUUGGGCGGGCUGCACCUCCAGGCCGGGUAGUGCCUAACAGGGGUGCUCCAAGAGGUGGUUCUACAAUUGGUGCUGCCAGAGGAACCCCACGUGGUGCCCCAUCAGGAAGGGGAAGGCCAGCUCCACCACCUGCACAAAACACAAGCUACAACGACUACUCAAACCAGGGCUAUGAAGAAUACUCUGAUCCAUACGCAAGGGAAACUUACGAUGCAGGCUAUGGAGGCGGGGAUACUCAGUAUUUUGACUACGGACAUGGAUCCAGUGCAGCUGGUGGAUAUGAAGAAACAGGAUAUGAGGGCGGAUAUGAACAAACAGGAUAUGAGGGAGCAUAUGACCAAGCGGGAUAUGGCGAGACUGGUGGUGGCUGGGGAUCAUCCAAUAACCAGAUGAAGGCUCCAUCAACACGGGGCAGUCGGGGACAAUUCAGACAACACCCCUAUGGUGGCCGGGGAGCUGGGGCUUACUAGGACCAAGGCCAUUUGACUGACACCCCCACCACCUAAGCAAUCCUUAGUGGACAUUUGUACAUAGGACAUCCAUCAUUUCAUCAUGAGGUACAUGUACUGCCAGUACCAUCAUUCCCCCAAUCUCCGGACAUAAACCUACAGUCAUGGACACUUGUUACAUGUAGUAACAUAAAACAACAUAGGACAAAUAAAUGGGACUGUCAACAGGUUACCUUAUGUGUCUAAAGUCUAGGCUCCUUCAAUGUGUUUAAAUUCAAAUGUCCAACCAUGUGCUUAAAAGACUAAAUACUUAAACUUUUCUCAAGUCAAUUUAAAAAAAGAAUGUUGUGGACCAUGGAUAUACUGUGUAGGUAGUCCUUUUAAUGGUAGCCUUUUAAUCACUGUUAAAUCAUUAAACACAUUGUAAUCAUGUUGUCGUGUCUCUCUGUCGAAAAUACAUCAUUGUUGUCAUUUGCAUCCAACUAAGAAAUAAAAAAAAAAACAAUAAAAAAAGAAAAAAUGUGAACAUGGAA